UAACCACCGCACGAGAACAAUUUGUUUCACCUAUCUUUUUCUCUAUAAAAGCAAUAUUCAUUCAUGCAUAAUUCCUCGAACACAAAGAGUAAUCAAAGAUAAAAAUGGCAAAGAGUUUCACCAUUGCUGCCUUCGUUCUUUGCUUCUCCUCCCUUCUCAUCUCUGCCUAUGCAGCAGAUUACUUGGAUGUUGAAGGCAAGGUCUACUGUGACCCUUGCCGCGUUGAGUUCCAGACCAAAAUCAGCGAGGGAAUACCAGCUGCUAAGGUGAAAUUGGUAUGUAACAACCGUGACAAUGGCACUGAGACAUAUACCGUGGAGGGUGCAACUGACAACAGCGGCACAUACCGCCUCCCCGUGGCGGGAGACCAUGAGGAUGAUAUCUGUGAGGUCAGGUUGGUGGAGAGCUCCAGACCCGAUUGCAAUGAACCAUUCCGGAGCAUUGAUUCUGCCAGGAUCCUCCUCACCAAGAACGUUGGAGUGGUGGAUAAAACUCGAUAUCCCAAUGCUCUCGGGUACAUGAAGAAGGAGGCUCAACCAGAAUGUGCAGAUGUGCUCAAAGAAAUGGGUUUCCUUCCUCUUGAGGUUUAAAUUAUUUAAUCAAAUCAUCAUCAUUGCUCUUCCGCCUCGCCUGGAUAAUAAGAUUUGACAUGUAAUGUCAUUUUUUUAAAUUUCUGCUGUAUUUUUUAUAUGGACAAAUGUACAGUACCAAUGAUUCCAUGGAACUAUAACAAUUUGUUCUGAUUUCUUUCUUUGAGUUUCAAGCCCUUGCUUUCUUUUUAA